GUGUGUCGCUUGUGCAAUAAAAAACUGACUGAAGUCAGCCUUGUUUGUUUUGUUGUUAGAGGAAUUGGAUUUCCAUCUCAGUCAGUUAAGCCACCAGUCAUAAUAAAGGGAGGUCUCUCAAGAAACUGAAGCCUACUUGAAUAAGUCACUCAUUGUGCUCCUGCCUGCUAUAAAAAGACUGAGAUGCAGCAUGUGAUCUGUUUGCAGUGAUCUGUGUUAGUUUGAGCUAAUUUCUCCCUGUUUGGAUGUGUGUGUACUUUACUCAGCUCCUCACCAAAGAGCCGGUGGAACCAGGAAGUCCAGAGACCUACGGUGACUUUGACUACCAGUCUAGGAAGUACUAUUUCCUCAGUGAGGAGGUUGACGAGCAGGAAAACAUGUCCCAGCACUGUCGAGACCUUCAGCACCAGCUGGCCGCGGUCCAGGAGGAGCGGUCAGCCCUGCAGGCUGAGGCCCAGUCUCUGAAGGAGCGGCUGAGGAGCUGCGACCCCCAGGACUCUUCCAGCCCCAUCACCAACAAGAAGCUCCUGCUCCUCCAGAGCCAGAUGGAGCAGCUGCAGGAGGAGAACUACAGGCUUGAGAACAGCAGGGAUGACAUGCGCGUGCGAUCAGACAUACUGGAGCGCGAGGUUGUGGAGCUGCAACACCGCAACGAGGAUCUCACCAGCCUCGCCCAGGAGGCGCAAACACUCAAGGACGAGAUGGACAUCCUCAGGCACUCAUCAGACCGCGUGAGCCGGCUGGAGGCGCUGGUGGACACCUACAAGCGUAAGCUGGAGGACCUGGGCGACCUGCGGCGACAGGUGCGGCUCCUGGAGGAGCGCAACACCGUCUACAUGCAGCGCACCUGCGAGCUGGAGGAGGAGCUGCGCAGGGCCAACGUUGUCCGCAGCCAGCUGGACACUUACCAAAGACAGGUCCAUGAGCUCCACACCAAGCACUCAGCUGAGGCUGUGAAGGCAGAGAAAUGGCAGUUUGAGUACAACAACCUCCACGACAAGUAUGACUCCCUGAGCAAGGAGAAAGAGCGGCUGAUCUCCGAGAGGGACACCCUUCGGGAGACCAACGACGAGCUCAGGUGUGCACAGGUGCAGCAGAAGUGCCUUAGCCUAGCAGAUGGCUUGUGUGCAGGCGCCAGCCCCGUGGCAAACCUAGCCGCGGAAAUCAUGCCCACAGAAUUUAAGGAGACGGUGGGGCGGCUGCAGAAUGAGAAUAAGAUGCUCUGCGUCCAGGAGGAGAGCUUCCGGCAGCAGCUGACAGAGGUGCAGGGUCAUCUGGAGGAGUCACAGCGCACCAACAACACACUGGAGACCCAGAACAGGUUAAACCAGCAGCAGAUCAGCGAGCUGCGCUGUCAGGUGGAAGAGCUGCAAAAGGCGCUGCAGGAGCAGGGCAGCAAGACGGAAGAUGCCAUUUCCUCGUUACUCAAGAAGAAGCUGGAGGAGCACUUGGAGAAACUCCAUGAAGCUCACUCUGACCUGCAGAAGAAGCGGGAGGUCAUAGACGACCUCGAGCCUAGUGUGGACAGCAACAUGGCGAAGAAGAUCGAUGAGUUGCAGGAGGUCCUGAGGAAGAAGGACGAAGACAUGAAGAUGAUGGAGGGCCGUUACAAGCGUUACGUGGAGAAGGCCAGGACGGUGAUACAGACUCUGGAUCCCAAACAGAAGCCUCACACCGCACCUCCUGAGGUGCAGGCCUUGAAGAACCAGCUGAGUGAGAAGGAACGCAAGAUCCAGUACCUGGAGCACGAUUAUGAGAAAUCCAAAUCCAGACAUGAUCAGGAGGAGAAACUCAUCAUCAGCGCCUGGUACAACAUGGGCAUGGCCCUCCAUCAGAAGGUAGCUGGGGAGCGUAGUGGGCCUCCUGGACAGGCCCAGUCCUUCCUGGCCCAGCAGAGGCAGAGCACCCAGGUCCGAAGGGGUCUCGCCAACCGUCUGCAGCCCAGAUAAGACCCAUCCCAUGUGCGCUAGACCUGAAGAGAUUCCUUCAGUUAAAAAGUGAAAUGGGGGGGGGAGAGAGAGAGAGAGAGAGAGAGAGAGAAUGAAAGGGGAAAUGGGUGAGGCUACGUGCUUUUGGUGUCCCCUGCACUCAUCCUCCAGUGCUCCGAUGACCUCCCCUGGCCUCUUCAAGACUGCUGCUGCCCCCUGCUGGCGACUGCUGGUGGUGGCUCUUUUAUUUGUUUUUAACCGAGCUGUGAUUACAAGACACUACAGUGUUCCCACAAGUGUUUUUGCUGUGGAUCUGACCGAGAGAGGCAGCUGUGCAGUUUUAUGUAGUGUUUGCACAGGGAGCAGACCCAGAAAGGAUCUUCCUUUCUUCUCUACCAUACCGUACAAGCCCUACCAUGCUGCCUUUUUUUUUUCUUUUUUUUCCCCAUUAGAUACUCUGAGUUUUUAAUUGUAAUCUUAUUUUAAUGGAAUAUUUAUCAUGAAAUACCCUCGGCUUGAGGAAUUGGAAACAGGGUUUAGUUUAACGCUAUAGUUCAGUUGGUCCCAUCUCCCAUUUGCACACUCACAAUGUCUGAAAUGAAUCACUUUAUAUAAACACUACAUAAGGACAUUAGUCCCUAUUCAACCAAUGAACUUUAUGGGUGUGGGGUUAAAUGAGUCGUUUUUGUUCCUUAUAUUAAGUCUUAUUGUUUCUGGUGUGAUUUCUUACUUCCCAAUAACCUUUUAGUUGAUGUUUUUUCAGUUAAGUAGUCACCUUCAGUGAAUGGAAUAGAAUUGCAUAGAAAUUAUUUGUGAUUUUUGAUUCAUGGUCCCUUACUUUUUUUCUUUUUGUGGUUUGUUUGUCUUUAUGAACUGUACUCAUUUAACGUCAUUACCAGGAUAGAAGAAAUUAGCACUUUUUUUUUCCAUUCACUUAGAAUGGCUCUCGUGUGCCUCUGAAGACAUUUGAGCACAAUCCCCACCCAAACAUACCUUGGAUUAUUCAAAUCGGCACUUUUGGUAUAUAAAUAUUCGUUAUUACAUUUUAAGUUAAUAUAGGCUUAUAAAGAAGGCUAUUCCAAUAGGCAGCUCACUUAAUAUACAUCUAAUAUUGCAUCCUAUUACCUCUUUCCAAAACAGUAUCAAUCAUGGCUGGACUUAUUCUGACUGUACACCAUGGAAAGUAUUUUAAAAACAAAGAAAUGGGGAUUAAUGCAUUUCACGUGCCCUUAGGCCUUACCCUCCUCUCUGAUGUCAGUUUUGACGUUGUAAACUUCCAAAAUGAAAAGACUGAUAAACCUUUUAUUUUAUCUAACUGCAUAAUCUGAUGCUCACCAAGCAAUAGACGUCAAAGGGUCACGCUUUGAUACGGGAAAUCUUUUUCUGACUUUUUCUUUCAUAUUCUUUUUUUCCCCUUUGAUCUCUGUCUAUAGUGAGUCUUUUUGAUCAUGUUGUCUGUUACCCUUUGGAGAAUAUCUACCAAAGUCUAAAGCUUUAGGAUGAUUCAAAGUCCACAAUUGCUUCAGUUUCUCCUCCUAUUUCUUUUUAAAUACUUUAUCAAAUCAGUGGCACUUUAAUUAUUUUGAACAGUUGGCCUCUUGGCUUUUUAAUCUCAAGAGCGUUUUCCUGUUUCGUGUCAGGACAACCUUGACUGGUACCAAGACUUCUGUAAUGAAUGUCAGACUGGGCACCCUACUACUAUGUGCGUACACCUGCUGUAUAUUGUACCAUGUUUUGUGUUUGUUUGGUAUGUGGUACAUUUCUCAAUGCUGUUUUGGUCCUACACUAGGACACUCAUCUCUUGUCUGUCACGUGUUGGAUUUAAGGUGGUAAUGUAUAAUGUGUUUUGUUUUGUGCCUGUGUAUAUUUUCUUUUAGUCUUUCAUUACUACACAUUUAUGUGAGAACAAAUGAAGGAGUCUAGCACAAGUAGUAAACACUGUUGGUCUGUUUCUGUGUUUUGCACUACAAAUAAAAUGUGUAUGUGUACCAGG